AGGCGCCUCUUGCGAUACACUCUGUAGAUAUGGCUCCAAAGAAUAGUAAGAGUGAUGACGAGGGCGAUGAGCGUGCCCCAUGGGAGGACGGCGCGCUUAUGGUCGAUGUAACGUCCGUGGCCCCGGAGCUCGUGCUGAAGAACUGCCUGAGCAACGACCUUCCAUCGCGGUUGGCCUACCUCAAGGGUUUGGCUGCUGCCGCGCCCCGCUGCACCCGACGGGAACUGACUGCUCUGCUGGACGCGCUGGGUCCGCUGCUGGAGGACGAGGCGCUGGGAGUGCGGCUGGCGGUGCUGCGGGAGGUGGAGCAGCUGGCCAAGCUGGCGAGCAGUACGGCAUCUCCCGAGGAGGUCCGAGAAGCGGUGUUGGAUGCCCUUGAGUCGCAAAUCAAGCCCAGCAUCUCGGAUGUUGGAGGCAGUGGGGGAGGCGGAGGGGGUUACGGAGCAGGCCGCCGCGCCGCAGGGGGGGUCUCGGCGCUGCCUAUGGUUCGUGAGGCCCAGCUAGCCACACUCGACGCCGUGUGUGGGGAGUUCAUGGGCACAGGCGGCGCCGGUGGCAGCAACGGCGUGAAUGGCACCAUCAGCAGCAGCCAACAGCGGCAGCAGCAGCAGCACCAAGAGGAGCAAAGGGAGGCCGCCAGGGCAGCCGAGGACUUGCUCAUGCGACUGUACCGCACCGCCGACGUUGCUGUCGACAAGCUAGCAACGGCUGUUGCAGCUGCUGCUAGCCAGGCUACGGGCCCUGGGACAAGUGGCAGGGUGAUGGGUGCCGCCGGCGGCAUAGCUGCAGCAGGCGGCGGAGGCGGCGGCGGAGGCGACGGCGCCCUGAUGGUGCUGUCGGUGGCGGCGGUGGCGGUACGACACAUGGCGGCGGAUCGCGGCGGCUUACAGAUGGCUGGACUGGCGGGGAGGCUGCGAUGUCAUGGGGACACGAAGGUUCGCGAGGCCCUCGCCACUGCCCUACCGCAACUGUACGGCAGCUUCGUAACCCACCCCGGCGGCAUGGAGGAGCUCUUUUCGGUGUAUGAGCAGCUCGUACAGGAUCCGGUGUGGUGCGUACGGCAGGCCUGUGCGCGAGUCGUGGCGGAGAUAUCGCGGUUGUGCGGGCGUGUCGCUGCCAGCAGUGCCUCGGCCCCUGAUCUUGACGGU